ACCGUUCAACACUAUCUGCUCUGCUCUUUUAUCACAAUGGCCUUCUCCAAACUUUUCAUUUUUCUUUUCGCUCUGCAAGCCGUUUUAGCCAUGGCAUCAGCAACACAAGCAACUGCACCAAAAUCAGACCUUUUUCGGGAAUAUAUUGGAGCAGAGUUUAAUAAUGUCAAGUUUUCAGAUGUACCCAUCAACCCAAAUGUUGAAUUCCACUACAUACUUGCUUUCGCAAUCGACUAUACCUCUUCAUCUUCUGCCUCUCCAACCAACGGAAACUUCAAUGUGUUUUGGGACACAGAUAAUCUCGGCGCUUCUCAAGUAUCUUCAAUCAAGAGUCAACAUUCUAAUGUCAAAGUAGCCGUGAGCUUAGGAGGUGACAGUGUGAAUGGAGGAAGUUGUUACUUUAGCCCUUCAUCCGUCGACUCCUGGGUUUCUAAUGCUGUUUCUUCACUUACUAAGAUCAUCCAAGAGUACAACUUGGACGGGAUUGAUAUCGAUUAUGAGCAUUUUCAUGCAGACCCUGAAACCUUUGCAGAGUGCAUUGGGAAGCUUAUAACCACCCUUAAAAACAACGGAGUCAUCUCAUUUGUGUCUAUAGCUCCAUUUGAUGAUGAUGAUGUUCAAAGCCAUUAUCAGGCUCUGUGGAAGAGUUAUGGUCAUCUCAUAGACUAUGUCAAUUUCCAGUUUUACGCUUAUGAUGAAGGGACGACAGUGUCUCAGUUUAUGAAUUACUUUCAGACACAAAUGUCGAACUAUGGAGGUGGUAGUAUGUUGGCUAGCUUCAUUAGUGAUGGAAGUGGAGGUUUAGCACCUCAGAGUGGGUUCUUUACUGCUUGUAGUAGGCUUAGAAGUCAAGGGAAGCUCGGUGGGAUCUUUGUGUGGUCUGCUGAUGAUUCAAAGACUUUAGGGUUCAAAUACGAGAAGCAAUCACAAGCCUUGCUCGCAGUCCCUCGUUAGUAAAUGUAUAUAUACAUAUAUAUACGAGUAUUUUCUGUUGUGGCUAUAUAUAUCGAGUCAAUGAGUCUAGUUCAACCUCUAUGCAUGUAAAAUAUAAUUAUU